UCUAGUGCUCAGGGCGAGUGGGUCUAGGUGGGCACGCACUUCUGGCACAUAUAAAAGGAUCGACUAUCACCACGAAUUCGCCAGAGAAGUGACGAUCCGUGAAAAAAAUAAAAUCCGGUGAUUGUUCUACAGAGUGACAACACCCCAGGACCAAAAUGCGGUCUACCCUGGUAUUACUGGGGUGCCUACUCAUUGUCUCCGCCCUCGGAGAACCGGUUCGUAAAAAAAAAGAAGCUCCACUACCGCAGUACGGACCACCACCAGCAUCUUACGGAACUCCUGAUGUGGGUUUAAGUAACUCAUACGGUGCACCGUCAUCCGUACCAUCGGCAUCCUAUGGUGCCCCAUCAGGAGGUGGAGAUUCUGGAUCCUUUGGACAUGAUCACGUAUCGAUCAGUGGAUCUUUCGGCAGUGGUCAUAGUUCCGUAGGGGGUUCCUACGAUAGUGGCCUUGGAUCCAUUGGAGGUUCCUUUGGUGAAGACAUUUCCAGUAGCUAUGGGGCCCCACCCCAAACCUACGCACCAGCUCAAGCCUAUGGCCCUCCAGCUCAAUCUUAUAGUCCACCAGCACAAUCCUAUGGGUCACCAGCACAAUCCUAUGGUCCCCCAACCCAAUCCUAUCGUCCCCUUGCUCAAUCCUAUGGUACCCCAGCUCAAUCCUAUGGUACCCCGGCUCAAUCGUAUGGCCCCCCAGCUCAACCCAGUACUCCCGAAGGCAAAUGGGAGAAAAAACUAACCUGGAAGCCAGAUUUGAAACAAGUCUGGAAGACACAGUCAAAACUCACCUGGAAACAGGAAUGGAAGAAGGUCCAAGUUCCAGUCUGGAAGGAAGAACAGGUACCAAUCUGGAAAGAAGAAAAAGUUUCUCAAUGGAAAAAGGUACAGAAGCCAGUUUGGAAAGAGGUUCAGGUACCUAUCUGGAAAGAGGUCCAGGUACCAUCAUGGAAAAAGGUCUGGAAGCCUAUCUGGAAAGAGGUUCAAGUUCCAAUUUGGAAGGAUGUACAGGUACCAGACUGGAAAAAAAUCUGGCAACCAGAAUGGAUCAAGAUUGGAAUUCCCGGGGAGCGUCUCGUUGGAAAGGAUAAUGAGGGCUGGCAAUACACUAGCCAUGAUCUCUGGAAAAAGAAGCUGAUUUGGAAACCAGUCUGGAAGAAAGUUUGGCGUACUGAGAAGAAGCAAGCCUGGGUUACUGAUAAGAAAUUGGAAUGGAAGCCUGAGUGGAAGCAAGAGUGGAAGACAGAAAAGAAGCAGGCUUGGCAAACAGACAAGAAAUUGACCUGGGAAGAACAGGAUGUUCAAGUUUGGGUGCCUCAGAAGAAGCAAGUCUGGGUGACACAGAAGAAACAAGUCUGGAAAGAUGAAUGGAAGAGUAAAUGGGUACCAGUUACGAAACAGGUUCAGGUUCCUGAGUGGAGCAAGACAUGGAAACCAGUCUGGGAAAAAGUCUGGGUACCUGCACCGGCACCGAGUCAUCAUCAAGAAGAUCAAGGCUACAAGUACAAAUAAGUCAGAUGAAGUCAGAAAUCAGAAGUUUUCAGAUUCUCCGUUUGUUUAUAGUUCUGUACGAAAGGGAACUAGAUUGCCUGACCCCAGGUUGAAAAUCCCUUUAAAUUAUCUAUAAAAGUCCUUUUUUACGAACUCAGUUUUAUAUAUAAAUUAUAGAUCAGCAUUUUAGUCUGGAAAUGUAUGAAUGGGCAAGAGUCUAGUCGACUUUUGAAGUUCACAAUCUGUGGAAGUUUAGCUGUAUUGAGGGAGUAGACUUGAUUAUUUUAAUGGGAUGAUUAUCAUCUUCUUGGGAUAAACAAGAAAAAUGGUGGAAACAACGUCCAACUCAAUAGAGAAAGUUACAUAGAAUCUUGAAAUACUCGAAAUAAUUUUAAUCGAGGCUUCUGAAGGAUUGUACAAAUAAAGUCGUUCAUAUAUUAAAAAACGAUCAAUUGUUUGAAGAUUGACAGGAAAAACUGUAUGCCGCGGUGUGAUACCUAAAUGAGCAGCAUAAUUAGAUUAUUAUCUUGUUUGUAAAUAAUGUUAAAAUGUUCGAGACUGUGCGGAGAGCCUUAGGUUUAAGAUUUUUGUACGAUUCGAAAGUGGUAUUUUAAUACGAAUAAAUAUGUUUUUUCUAUAA